AUGAAGUUCAACGCUGUCGCGGCUGCCGCCCUCCUGGCUGGCACCGCUCGUGCCGACGAGGCCCAGAAACCGCUGACUGCUGCCGAGAAGCUUCCUUCAUUCACCCCCACCACCUUGAAGGCUCCCUUCCUCGAGCAGUUCACCGAUGACUGGGACAAGCGAUGGAAGCCCUCGCAUGCCAAAAAGGACAUGAAGGAUGCCGCCAAAGAAGGAGAGGACUGGGCCUACGUCGGCGAGUGGGCCGUUGAGGAGCCCGUCAAGUACAAGGGUAUCGAGGGCGACAAGGGCCUCGUCGUCAAGAACCCGGCUGCCCACCAUGCUAUUUCGGCAAAGUUCCCCAAGAAGAUUGACAACAAGGGCAAGACUCUCGUGGUCCAGUACGAGGUCAAGCUUCAGAAUGGCCUCGAGUGUGGCGGCGCCUACAUGAAGCUGCUGCGCGACAACAAGGCCCUUCACCAGGAAGAGUUCAGCAACACGACCCCCUACGUCGUCAUGUUUGGCCCCGACAAGUGCGGCCACACGAACAAGGUUCACUUCAUAAUCAACCACAAGAAUCCCAAGACGGGCGAAUACGAGGAGAAGCAUCUGUCUUCGCCCCCGACCGCCAAGAUUGUCAAGACCACUGAGCUCUACACUCUGAUUGUCCACCCCAACAACACCUACGCCAUCAAGCAGAACCGCGAGGAGAUCAAGUCCGGCUCGCUCUUCGAGGACUUCCAUCCGGAAAUCAACCCGCCCGCGGAGAUUGACGACCCCAAAGACUCCAAGCCUGAUGACUGGGUCGACAAGGCCCGCAUCCCCGACCCCGAGGCCAAGAAGCCCGAGGAUUGGGAUGAGGAUGCCCCGUACCAAAUCGUCGACGAGGAUGCCACCAAGCCCGAGGACUGGCUCGAGAACGAGACCGCCACUGUCCCCGACCCCGAGGCCCAGAAGCCCAAGGACUGGAGUGAUGACGAGGACGGCGACUGGGAGGCUCCUCAACCCCUCAAGAAGAACCCCGACUACAAGGGCAAGUGGACUGCCCCUUACAUUGAGAAUCCCGACUACAAGGGCCCCUGGUACCCUCGCAAGAUCAAGAACCCCGACUUCUACGAGGACAAGACCCCGGCCAACCUGGAGCCCAUGGGAGCUAUCGGCUUUGAGAUCUGGACCAUGCAAAGUGACAUUCUCUUUGACAACAUCUACAUCGGUCACUCGGUCGAGGACGCUGACAAGCUGGCUGAGGAGACGUUUGCCAUCAAGCAUCCCCAGGAGAAGAAGCUGGCCGAUGCCGACAAGCCCAAGGAAGAUGAAAAGCCCAAAUCGCCCUCGGACCUCAGCUUCCUCGACGACCCCGUCCUUUACAUCAAGGAGAAGCUCGACCUCUUCUUCACGAUUGGCCGACAGAACCCGAUUGAGGCCAUCAAGUUUGUUCCCGAGGUUGCUGGUGGCAUCGUUGCAGUGGCGGUGACGCUGAUUGCGCUCGUCUUGGGCCUGGUUGGCAUGGGCGGCUCUUCGCCCGCUGUUCAGAAGGCUGUCGGCGACGCCAAGGACAAGGCCCAGGAUGCUAAGGACGCGGCGGCCGAGGCCAUCGCGACCGGGUCCGAGAAGGCCAAGGCGGAGGUGACGAAGCGCACGACUCGCAGCCAGACCUAG